AUGAAGAAAUUCAAUACAGUCCCUAUUUUUGUUGCCUUGCUAUUGGCUGUUUUUGUGGGUCAAGGUGAAGCUGGAUGGUUAAAGAAAAUUGGCAAGAAAAUUGAACGUAUUGGCCAACAUACCCGUGAUGCCACAAUUCAGGGCCUUGGUGUAGCCCAGCAAGCGGCCAAUGUAGUGGCAACUGCUAAAGGAAAAUAA